AUGACGCUUUCCUUUUCCAAGCCGCGCGACCAGGACAUGGUCUACUGUGAGCCCUUCAUGCGCGAGGCAUUCCGGCUGGCUCAAGAAUCCCUCGACUUGGGCGAAGUCCCGGUCGGGUGUGUCCUCGUGAAGGACGCCCAGAUUGUGGCGCGCGGGAGGAACCGUCCGAGCGAGACUCACAACGCCACCCGGCAUGCUGAGGUCGAAGCUAUCGACCAGUUCGUCAGCGAGUUCCGCGCGGCGCACCCCGACGCAUCAGCUGCCAACCUGACACACAGCCUCUCCGAAUGUGUUCUCUACGUGACUUUGGAGCCCUGCGUCAUGUGUGCCGGCGCCCUGCGGCACUCUGGCAUCCAACUGUGCUUCUUUGGCGCCUCCAACGACCGGUUCGGCGGGUGUGGCUCCAUUAUCAAUGCUCACUCGUACCCAUAUGACACCGGGCUGCCGCCGCUGGAAUGCCGCACCGGCUACUUCGCCGAGGAGGCGGUGUCCCUGCUGCAGAAGUUCUACCUGCGGGAAAAUGUCAACGCUCCGGUCCCCAAGCGCAAACGGACAGCCGCAAAGGCUCCUGUCGAAGGCGAGACCGCCUGA